AUGUUUUACACGGGGACGCUGUAUCUCUCGGAAAACUCGUUUAAGAGUGCGGUGGAAAUCAACCUCGUUCCGCUGCACCCCCGAAAAAUGUGCCUGGGAAAGGGUUUCCCCUGCCUGCUCUGUUAUCCUUCUCUCCUGGCAGACAGGCUCCAGCCGCAAAAGCCACAAAGACUGUCACAGGAGCCCCUCGGAAUCCGCAUUCCAAUAAGGGAGUCAGUAUGUUUAACCCUUGCGGCCCCUGGGGAGAGCUUGGGCAUUCCCUACCGGGCCCCAGCCCCGGCCCCCAACCCCGUCCUGCAGUCCCCUUGCUGUUGA